AGACUCUGAUGGAGCAGGAGCACACCGACACGCUGCGCAGCCUGAGGUUCACGCUGGCCUUCGCCCAGUCUGUCAUCGAGAUUGCAAUUCUCAAAGGGAGCUCAGUGGAUGUAAAUGCUUCAGUGACUUCAGAAUACCAGAUGCAAGAGAGUGUUGUUGCUGAUCAAAUCAGUCUGCUGAGCCGAGAAUGGAGUUACGCAGAACAGCUGGUACUCUACCUCAAGGCGGCAGAACUUCUUUCCUCUGGUUUACAGACUGCCAUGGAGCAAGUCAAGUCAGGCAAAUUGUGCCUCUCCUCCACAGUAAAACAGGUUGUGAAGAAGCUAAAUGAGCUGUACAAAUCCAGCGUGUCUUCAUGCCACUGCCUGAACUUACAGCUCCAGAAGUUCUUUGCUGACAAGCAAAAGCUGAUGGAUCGAAUCAACAGCAUCACUGCAGAGAGACUGAUCUUUAGCUAUGCUGUCCAGAUGGUGAGACCCAAAGAUACCACAGGAUCUUUAAAAUCUAUAUCUUUGUAUUAUAAUUUACCUGAUCUUCAGUGGUCAAUCUUCACCUCAGAGUGCAGAGAAAACUCCCACCAAUGUGCAAAGCUAACCUUGCUACUGUUUUGUAUGAGUGUCAAAUAG